GGUCACUUGAAAUUCAGCUGGAUUACGCCGCGUGGAUGAAAAUAUUUGUUCCAGAGCUUAAUUAUCAACUGUAUUGACCACUAGAACGUACAUCUGCUGGGGUACGGAUUAGAUGACAGUGAGAUAACAACAAUAUACUUCACCAACCACUAUAUGACAAUUAAAAUGUAAUUCUACAGACAGUCAACAUUAACACAAUGGAUUCCAUAAAGCAAGAAAAUGGGACUGAUAUGUCAACUCCAAAACUACUACUAAUUGUUAAACAAGAACCUGUAGAAAUUAAAACAGAAGGUAAUUAUUAUGAAGAAGAAUAUCAACAAGACUAUGCGGUUAAGGAUAUUUCAGCUAACGAUCAAUCGACUAUCAAUCAAGAACAUUUUGAACAAGAGGAUGAUAUAGUUGUGAAUUCUGUUUUUGCAGUAACAUCAGGACAGAAUGACACUGACAUACCGGACUCCAAUGGAAAAUCAUUUAAUUGUAAGGAAUGCAAUGAAUUGUUUGGGACGCUGAUUGAAUUGAAUAAGCACUUAGAAAUCCAUUUGAAUUUCAAAAACCAAAGACCAAAACCAUUCAAGUGUCAGGAGUGUGAUAAAUGUUUCAUUACAUCUUUUCAAUUAAAUAAACAUUCCAUAACACACACUGGAGAAAAUUGUGACAAAAAGUCUUCUCAAGGUUCUGAUUCAGAUCAAAGUUCUGAUUCUCACCCAAAAACUCUAAAAACACAAAUCAAAACCCAGA